AUGAAUACUGGGGACUUGCAUGUGCCGAACGUGGACUUCAAGAUUCCAAAUGUCGACAUCAAUAUAGAUGGGUAUUUCGUCGGACCGAGAGCAAUGGAGAAACAUUCCAAGUGGCCAACAUUCAUGCGUCUGCAUGGAAGCAUUACACCAAGGAUGCUUCUACCUAUGUUUAUCAUUACGCUCUGGUCAAUCAUUGUUACAGGUCAAGAAGAAGCUAAUAUUAUCGCAGUGGGUGUUUCGAGCAUUCUCUUGACCGUUCUUGGUUUCGUUGUUGGCCUGUCUCUGAGCUUUCGAGGCUCAACAGCUUACGAACGUUACAUGGAAGGUCGCAAAUGCUGGACGGCGUUGACUGUCCAGAGUCGUAACUUGGCUAGAUACAUCUGGGUGCAUGUCCUAGAACGCGAAGGAGAUCAAGGAAAAGAAGAUUUAAUGGCCAAGAUAACCGCCAUCAACCUCAUCCAUGCUCUCGCAGUUUCUGUGAAGCAUCAACUCCGAUUCGAACCUUAUACUUUCUACCCUGACAUGGUGAGCCUGGUCGGACAUCUCGAUACUUUUGCGAAGGCGGCAGAGCAUCCAGGUCUUCAGAACCCGAAACAUCCCAUAAGCAGAUGGAAGGAAAUUGGAGAGUGCCUCGGCCUCAACAUGGCUACCAGCAAUCCUCGCAAAGCCAUCAAGCGCUCCAUCAAGCCAGUUGGAAAUCUGCCAUACGAAGUCAUGUUAGAUUUAAGUGCCUACUUUGAAAUGGUGAUCAAUAACGGCACUUUGAGCAGCACCAUCAUUUAUGGUCAAGUCUUAAACGCAAUGGCAGCCGUGACAGAUACCAUCGCAACCGCGAACCGCGUCCUCGCUACCCCUUUACCCAUCGGCUACGCGACCCUCAUCUCCCAAGUCGUCGUCCUCUACAUCUACAUCCUCCCCUUUCAACUCUUCCCCAGCUUCGGCUGGAACACCAUUCCCGCUACCAUGGUCGCUGCCUACAUCAUCCUCGGUCUCGAAGCCAUGGGCAACGAGCUCGAGAUCCCCUUCGGCAACAACGUGAAUGAUCUCCCCCUGAACAACUUCUGCGACGAGAUCAGGAGGGAUUUGGAUGUGGUGAUGAGUUCGUAUAGGGCUGAUGGAAGUUUUGUUGAUUUAAUGAAGAGGAGCGAGAGGGUUAAUAAGGUGCUUUGGCCGUUGAGUAAUAGUCCGCAGGGGGAUUGGAAGAGGAGGAGUAAGGAGGAGAUUAGGAGUGCGUUGAAAGCGAAGGUUGUUGUGGGGGAGACGAGGAGGUUGAGUGCUGAGAGGCAGAGUGAGGAGAGGGCUGUGGUUAUGUUGCCUGUUUAA